AUGGUGAUUGCCGGUGCGCCUGAGCCGACGCCAGAGCUCGCUGCCUCCUGGUCGGCAAUGGUCGCCAGGCCUCAGUAUGAGCCCGAAAGGGCGACCACGGCGACGAAGCCCCCUCUGCCUCCGGCUCCGAAGCCCUCGACAACAUCCUCUGAAAAGCUUCCUCACCCCGGACCCGCGGCUCUCCUUGUCGCGGAUGCGCCUGGUUUAACUGCGACUGUAGUCGCUCAGACUCCUGCAAGUGCUGCUGCUGUUCCAUCAGCCCCGGCUGUGCGGGCUGAACCCCAGGCGUCCCCUGCUGCACCGCCGGAGUUUGUCACCGACCCCUCGGCUCCCUUGCCUGCGGGACUUGUCGCCGCGCCUGAGUUGCCGACUCCUGCCUCUGUCUCGUCCCCGCAGGCGGCGUCCGCCACCACUGGCGGCCCGGCCCCGUUGGUUGGCCCGCCGGUUGGGGGUCCGGCUGCACCUGUUGUGCCACCGACUGCUCCUGUGGCGCAGCAGUCUCGCCCGCCGUCACCCAGCCGGCGCCCAUCUCGCCCUCAUUCUCCCGCUCCCCAGCAGGAUCGUCAAUCCUCUCGGCGCCGGCGCAAUUCUCCCCGUCGCCCGCAUCAGCAGGCCCAGUGGCACGCGAACCAUGGCGGCCGCGGUGGCUGGUGGGGUCCCCGCGGUCGCGGAGGUGGGGGGGCGUACGAUCCGCCCAUGAGGAUGGCGGAUCUGCAGCGGGCGGUGUCAACUGCAGUGCGUGAGGAGAGGGCCGCCCUGACCCAGGGCAGCUCUCACGCUUUCGUGGCACGUAAUGCUCCUCGACAGGCUGCACUUCCUGUGGACCCGCUGCCGGCUGCACCUGUCCCUUAUCAAAGACCGGCACCGUCGGCUCCCGCUGUUUCUGCCUCUGCUCUUGUUCCUGAGUCUCGACUUCGUCUCCCGCCCGUUCCGCCUGUGGCGGAAGUUGAAUUUGUGGCUGCGGGAGGGGGAGCGCAGUAUCCUCAUCCCGGAGUUGGCGGUUCAGCAACUCCUGCCCUCGAGGAGCCGUUUCAGUUUCUAGCGCAGGCAUUACAGCCUCCACAAUCCCGCGUUCCCGAGGCGACUCUCGCCCAGCUCUUCUGCCUCGCGGAGAGCUUCCAUGCCCUGCUCCUGAUACAGGUUCUCACGCAUUCGUCACUUCCUGCAAUUCCCCCUGAGACGUUCCAGGAUCGCCACCGUGAGUCGUGCCUGGACGCAGCCGACCAGCUCGCAGUGCUGCUGGCGCCCGUGCUGGCUGCGCCCGUAGAGGGUGGAGUUGCGGCUGCUGGGCAGCUCGAUGAGGCUGUACGCAGCCUGAGGCGCCAUUUGCGUGCAGUCUCUCUCCCUCUCUUUCUCUCUCUCUCCUCGGUUCCGUUCACGCACUCCGUCCCUCCCGUGCGCUCUCCCUUCCGCAUUCUCGCGCUCCGUCCAUCCCGUCUGCUCUCCCUUCCGCAUUCUCGCGCUCCGUCCAUCCCGUCUGCUCUCCCUUCCGCAUUCUCGCGCUCCGUCCAUCCCGUCAACUCUCCCUUCCGCAUUCGCGCGCUCCGUCCCUCCCGUCCGCUAUACCUCUUGCUUUCGCUCGCUCCGUCCCUCCCGUCCGCGCUCCCUUACGUUCGUUAUCUCCGACCCUCCUGUGCGCUCUCCAUACCUCAUUCACGUGCUCCUUCCCUCCCGUCCGCUCUGCCGCUCGCAUUCGCUCCCUCCUGUCGCUCCCGUGCUCGCUCUCGCCGGUCGCAUUCUCGCGCGCCGUCCCUCCCGUCCUCUCUCCCUUGGUCACAAAAGCUCUCUCCAUCGCUCCCGUGCCCUCUUAUCGUCGCAUUCUCUCUCUCCGACCCUCCCGUCCGCUCUCCCACCGUCGCAUCCUCUCUCUCUGUCGAUCCCGUACUUUCCCACGGUUGCAUUCUCUCUCUCCGUCGUUCCCGUGCUCACGAACCGUCGCAUUCUCCCUCGUCGUCGCUCCCAAGCUCUCCCACCGUCGCAUUCGCCAUCUCCUUCAAGUUCGCUCCCGUUCUCUAUCCCGGCCGCUCUCGUUCCCGUUGUAUCUCUGUCGCUCGCGUGCGCGCUAUCGUUCUCAUGCUCCGUCGCUCCCGUGCUCUCGCUCUCUCGCAUUCGCUCUUUCUUGAUAGCAACCGCGCGCUCCGUCCCUCCCGUUAUCUCUCUCUUUCGCGUUUGCUCUCUCUCUCGCUCCCUUGCUCUCCGUUAGUCGCAUUAACUCUUUCCGUCGCUCCCGUGCUCAAUCCCGAUCGCAUGCGCGCGCUCCGUCGCUCCAGUGCUCUCUCGAUGUCCCGUUCUCUCUCUCCAUCGCUCCUGUGCUCUCUUGCUUGCCCCGUACUCUCUCUACGUAGCUCUCGUGCUCUCUCGCUGUCUUGUUCUCUCUCUCCGUCGCUCCCGUGA